AUGGAGGCCGAUGGCGUGGCUACAGACGACAGGCAUCCUCUCAUUCUGCUGAUUUCUGCUUUCUUUUGGGUUAUUUUGUGGGUACUCUCUUGGAUCAAAGCACUGGUAGCAUUUGCGACAAUCUCCGUCCCCAAGUUCAUCUAUGCAGUCCUAUCCUAUUCUAUGACAUUGACGCUAAACUUCUGGUCAUUUGCACUGCUAUUCGUCGCUGCUGCUGUUGCUCUCAACUACUGGAUCCGGUUCCGCUAUCUGAACAAAUACACACAACUCAAAGAGCCACCCCUGGUCAAGGCAGACGCGCAAGAGUUGCACCCCGACGUGAACACCCCGGAACAGCCCCCAGCGUUCCACAACUACUUGGACGAGUUUCUUCAGGCAGUGCGCGUGUUUGGGUUCUUGGAGAAGCCAGUUUUCCACGAACUCGCUAGGCACCUGCAAACUAGGCGCCUCAUUGCGGGCGACACCCUUUCCCUUGACGAGGACAAGAGUUUCUACUGCGUCAUAGAUGGCACGGUACAAGUUUACGCCCAGACAGGACAGCAAACUCCAGAUGGCCAAAGCGGCUCCUGGGACGAGGAAGAUAUGAACGGGUACCAGCUGCUUAAUCAAGUCGGCUCUGGAGGAACGCUAUCUAGCCUGUUUACCAUCCUUAGUCUCUUUACAGAGAAUGUCAAGAUGAGUUGGCAGGACGGCGACAGACCAGACGAACAUAUGGACCCCCGCAGCAGAUCUUCUUCUGCGCAACCCCCACUAAGGACGAGAUCCCGGCGUUCGGAUUCCGACGUCAGCACGUUCGACCUGAGUUCUCUUCCCGGUCGCCGCCCGCGGAGUAGAUCAGUAUCGUCUUCAGGCUCGACCGUACAUGGCGUUGACAUGGGUUCACCGCGUGGUCGGUCGGCUUCUCGUGAAAUGCGGACCCCCAGAAUACCUUCGGGUGGUCUUCCGUCAUCUCGGAUCCCGACCCACACCCACGCAUCUGCCGUGCCACAGGUCCACUACAGCGUUGUGGCCCGCGCUGCAGAAGACAGCACACUCGCUGUUAUCCCAGCCGAAGCGUUCCAACGUCUUACCAAGAAGUUCCCUAAGGCGGCUGCACAUAUCGUCCAAGUGAUACUCACUCGUUUCUCCCGCGUCACGUUCAACGCGGCACACAAUUAUCUCGGCCUCACUACUGAGGUACUCCGGACCGAGAAGGCUAUCAACGACAUCGCUUGCCACCCCCUACCGCAGUCGUUCUAUGAAGGGGGUCUGAGGCAACUCCGCCAGCGCUUCGACGGUGUCUCAAUAGCCAGCGACUCCGACUCGGAAAGCGACUACUUCAGCUACCCCCCCUCGCAGAACCCUUCCUCCAAAUCGUCUCUCUUCGAUGGCCUCAAGAAGGCCCCCAAAGGCAAUCCCGGCGCGAAAUAUUCGCCAGCGACGCCCUUCAAGGCCCAUGGCUCUCGUCACUUCGUCCAGGCUGGUGACCUGCUCACCUCGGCGGGGCACAACGGCGAAGGCCCGCGGCCGAUGGCGCGUACGUUCAGCACGUUUGUGAUGCCUACACCACGACAGGAACAUGCGCCUGGGCAGGACGUGAAUGUGCAGAGGCUCGUGACGGACGAGUUUGACCUGCGUGAGGAGGUGAUGUCGUGCAUAGCGAAGUCGAUCGGGCUCAUCCAACCGCCGAUCAGCGGCGAUGAGUCCGUCGAGGCGUCCCCCGCGUUCUCGGCGAGCGAUGGCCGCCACUCGUCGUCCCCCGCAGGUGUCAGCGCAAGUGCCUUCCGGUCGUCGUUCGGGUCACUUUCGCUACUUGAGCUCGGGGAUGAUGCGUCGAGUAGCAGGACCGAGAGCUCAUCAUCUGUCUUUGCGGACGGUUACCUGAGCAACCUGGACAACGAGGUCGAGAUCCUUUACUUCCCUGCUGGCGCCAUCCUAGCCAAGGCCGGAGAGAGGAAUACAGGUCUCUUCUACGUGAUCGACGGCUUCCUCGACAUGAUUCUACCUGUUGAGGGUCACUCUAGUCAGACGGACAAGGCAAAGAAGCAAGACGAUACUCAGGAACCAGAACGGCCCACUCUGCGCUCGGAGUUCUCAUCCACCGGAAGACCUGAAAGCACCCAGGCUGGACGUGCAGGAAAGGUCAACAAGGACAAGUCGCAGAAGCCUCUGUUCACUGUCAAGCCUGGAGGCAUCGCAGGAUACCUAUCAUCAUUGUGUCAGACCGCGUCUUAUAUGGAUAUUGUAGCGAAGACCGAUACCUAUGUCGGAUACCUUCCGUCUCCCGCGCUGGAGCGCUUGCUCGAGCGGAGACCAAUCGUCCUACUCACUCUGGCCAAGCGGUUGAUCUCCCUUCUUUCCCCCAUCGUCCUCCACAUCGAUCGCGCACUCGAUUGGGUCCAAGUCGAUGCAGGACAGGUGCUGUGGCGACCGGAGGACGAUAGCGACAGUUUCUACAUUGUCAUCAACGGACGUCUUCGUGCUAUCACUGAGAAAGAGAGCGGCGCGAUCACUAUCACGGCUGAAUAUGGUCAGGGAGAUACCGUUGGGGAACUUGAUGUCAUCACGAGCUCCCCGCGCAGGAAUACGGUACAUGCGAUUCGUGACACGGAGCUCAUUCGAAUGCCACAGACGUUGUUCAAUGCCAUUUCUUCCCGGAAUCCAAAAACCACUGCACAGCUCCUGCGCAUGAUCGCGUCUCGCGUCCGAAGCGAGCUCGACACCUCCAUCAAGCACAUUACCCCCGAGCGUGCGAGUGGAAACAUCAACCUCAAGAACGUUGCCAUUCUCCCUGUCUCGCGCAAUAUCCCCAUCGACACCUUUGCGCGCAAAUUGCACGCCGCACUCGAGGGUGUCGGUGCCCCAACCGUCUUCCUGAACCAGGCGUCGGUCUCCGACCAUCUCGGCCGGCAUGCGUUCACUCGUAUGGGGAAGCUCAAAGCCGCAGGGUGGCUCGCAGAGCAAGAGCAGAAAUAUCGCAUCGUGCUAUAUGUUGCGGACUCCGCUGUGAGCAGCUCGUGGACACAGACGUGCAUUCGGCAGGCCGAUUCCGUCAUGGUGGUGGGCAUGGGCGAAGACCCAAGUUUAGGGGAGUACGAGAGGCUGCUGCUUUCUCUGAAGACGACAGCGAGGAAGGAGCUGGUCUUGCUCCAUCCUGAUCGCUCCGUCGUUCCGGGAUCGACGCGAGAAUGGCUGAAGAUACGACCUUGGGUGCAUCGGCAUAUACACAUCGAGCUACCCGGCAUCAACCCAUCGGUUGCGAGGGCACCAGCCGCGCCACAGGAUCCCGCAGCGGUCAUUGCUCUGAAGAAGAUGAAGGACAGAGUUCAGAGUGAGAUCCAGAAGUACCGGGGGGCACGAUCCGAUCCUCGGCCACAGCGCCCGCCUCACGCCAGCGACUUCGCGCGGUUAGCCCGGAGGAUAUGCGGGAAGUCAAUUGGCCUGGUUCUUGGAGGCGGCGGUGCACGGGGUAUAUCGCAUCUGGGCGUCUUGCGCGCGCUCGAGGAGUACGGCAUACCUGUCGACCACAUCGGCGGUACAAGCAUUGGCGCUCUCAUCGGUGGGCUUUAUGCCCGCGAGGGUGACAUCAUCUCCAGCUCUGGUCGGGCCAAGCAGUUCAGUGGACGCAUGGGCAACAUUUGGAGGAUGUUAUCCGACGUCACGUAUCCUAUCGUCGCGUACACUACGGGCCAUGAGUUUAAUCGCUCAAUAUACAAGGCGUUCUAUGACCUGCAUAUCGAGGACAUGUGGCUACCAUUCUUCUGCAACUCCACAAAUAUCAACGCGUCUCGGAUGGAAAUUCACGAGACGGGAUACGCGUGGAGGUUCAUUCGUGCUUCGAUGACACUUGUCGGCUUACUCCCGCCCUUAUGCGACAACGGAAACAUGUUGGUUGAUGGAGGCUACGUGGAUAACCUUCCGGUAUCUGCCAUGAUGGCCAUGGGAGCGAGCGCUGUUAUCGCUUCGGACGUCGGUUCGCUCGAUGAUAACUCGCCCCGCAAUUUCGGCGAUUCGGUUUCUGGAGUAUGGCUCUUCAUCAAUCGCUGGAAUCCGUUCUCGAGCACGCGGAACAUUCCCGCCAUUACCGAGCUGCAGCAGCGCCUGGCAUAUGUAUCGAGCGUGAAGACCCUUGAGGAGGCCAAAGUCGCUGGUGGCUGUCUGUACAUGCAAAUGCCGGUGCAGGAGUACGGCACCCUACAGUUUGGUAAGUUCGAGGAGAUACAGAAGAAGGGCUACCACGCCGCGUUGGCGUUCCUUGAGAAGUUCGAUGCAGAAGGGCGUCUCCCGUCGGCCUUCGUAGGCGAGGCGAGCAAGCCGGCGUCAGGGAGGACGCGGGGUCGGAGUGCCCGGCGGAACUCGAUCUAGUAGGCUUCAUCGUAUUCAUAUAAUGUAUGCAUUUGUGCUCCAACUACACGCGAACAAUCCUUUC